AUGGGAGACGAGAGCAUGACCUGGAAAGUUCCAGCUUGCUCCCACCAGCAGCUUGACCUACACUGCACUGGCAUCACUUUUGUUCAGAGACAUUCUUGACUGUUGUGUUGUCAAUGCCAGGGGGGCUCCACCUUCUCUCUGAUUCUGGCCAUAACCAUCAUCACCACCUUUCCCCUUCGAAUCACGCUUCACAUUCACAGCACCAACGACGCCACCUUGCAAGAUCACAGCUGUCGUUAUUCCUCCCCACCUCUCUCCUCUCAUCACCUCCUCUGCUUCACGUUUAUUGCCACUGCCUUCAACCCCACGUCGAAUCCAACCCUGUUCUGACAACGCCUGCAGGCAUCUUUCCAAGAUAAACCCGAGUAGCAGCUUCUCCCUCGCAUCGAAACUGCCUUUCAGGUUUGUUGACUCUUUCUCUGCUACCCUUCUUUUUUUUUCCCCCCUUCCUCAUCCCCACCAUUAUUAUCCACAACAUCAUUAUUCCAGCAUAGUGAUUUGGGAGCCUGGUGCUGCACUGUUAUUAUUACCUGACGCGCUCUGGUCAGCGCGAAACUGGCUUCGUGUCCAGCGACUCCCCCCACCAUCACCUUCCCUCUUCCCCCAGAAACCACAAAUCUGACGCGAGACAGUCACGAUGCGCUUCGCCAAGCCCGUCGCCGCUUCCCUGGCCCUGCUGGCCGCCCCUGCCUCCGCCUUCUGGCGCAUGGAGUGUCGUGGUGUGCUCGGUCAGGCCCGCCUUGACCCUCUGAUGGACUAUGGCACCGUUGGUCAGCACGUCCACGAGAUCUUCGGCGGCCAAGCUUUCAGCGAGGUCGCCGACUACGACUCUCUGGUUGCUUCCAACUGCACCUCGUGUGCCGUCACUGCCGACAAGUCUGGCUACUGGACCCCCAACCCCUACUUCCAGGACAACACCACUGGAGAGUUCGAGGCCGUCGCUAAUGUCGGCGGCAUGCUCCCCUACUACUUCCUGAACGCGGCCCCCUCUGGCAACCAGACCAUUUCAGCUUUCCCUCCCGGUUUCCGCAUGAUUGCUGGCGACAACACCCGCCGCAACUACACUGUCGGAAACUCCAGCUACGAGGAGCCUGACCCUCCCAAGUCCGACUGGGCUCUUUUGGGCCAGACCACCCAGACAGACCUCGCCCAGCGCGCCAUUGGUUUCAAUUGCCUCGAUUACAGCAAGACCGCCGAGGGCUCCCUUUACCGUCAUUUCAUGCCCUCCAAGGACUAUAUCGACGCCUAUUGCCCCGAUGGCCUUCGUUUCGAGCUCAUGUUCCCCUCGUGCUGGGAUGGCGUCAACCUGGACUCCAGCGACCAUAAGAGCCAUGUCGCCUACCCCGACCUGGUCAUCACUGGUGACUGCCCCGACACCCACCCCGUCCGUCUGCCGGGUCUCUUCUACGAGACCAUCUGGGAUAUGGCGGCCUAUGGAGACCGCGAUGGCAUCUUUGUCAUCUCGAACGGCGACCCUACCGGCUUUGGAUACCACGGUGACUUCAUCAUGGGCUGGGACCAGACCAACUUCACCCUGCAGGACGCCGUCGACACCUGCACCAACCUGGAUGGCGAGAUCGAGUCCUGUCCUUUGUUCAGCAUCAUUUCUGAGGCGGAGCAGGGGGAGUGCACCUUGGACCUGCCCUCUGUGCUCGUCGAGGAAGAUGUGAGCGGACCAGUGACCAGCCUUCCCGGCGACGUCGCCAUCUACUGGGGUCCAGCUCCCGCCGGCGAGGCCACUUCCGACUCUGGAACCACCACGUCUGUCUCCAUGCCGACCCUGUCCUACUCGGCUGGCUCGACCGCUUCAGUCAACGGCAGCGUCGUGCCUGGCAAUAUCUUCAAGAUCACGCCUACCGCCACGGCCACGGAGGCGGCCAUCACCCCCGCUGCUACGGUCACCGCGACCGCCGAUGACAGCAUGGUGACCAUGGGCACUACCACCUACACCUACACUGGUGACUCGGGUGAUGUGACCAUCUCCGUGGUCGUCUUCGAGGAGGCGAUCACCUGGACCACGGAGAUGACGACGACGACCGUCACGGUCGAGCCUACGGCUGCGGCUCGACUCCGUCGUGACGCCCACGUCCACCAGCACCGUCACCUGCACGGCCACAAGCACUGAGUGCUUUCAUCUCCCGGUCAAACUUUCGACCACACUGCGAUCUUACUGCAUCCUGCAUAAGUAGAGCUGCUGGUUUGGAAUUACCGUGUACAAAUCUGCCGUUGAGAUGGGCCCCAAUUUUUCACUUCUUUUUUUCUUUCUGUUUGGGUUUUUCUUUUCGACAUUCGACUCUUUCUCUUGUGCCAUUGAUGCAGCUCUUGGCCAGUUAGGCUAGGUGGGCUCGGGGGCAUACUGCUAGGAAUCGAUAGCAAAUUUUUGUUGUGUAGGGCAGGACAUACCAAAGCAAAGAAAAAAAGCUUCUUUACACCAAAUAAGGGCCGGGUGCAGUCAGUCCUGUCGGGGAGUAGUAUUGAUUGCGAAACCAUUCUGGCAGGAUGAACGAUGACUGCAAAUCAAGAGGACAAAAGGAGUCUGGAUCUUCUUCCCACGGCGUUCUGCGAGGAAGAGCAUCAGCAUGGAGAUGGUCCUUCCCACAUGGUCGGGUAGUAUUCGCACGGGCUCACGAGAUACCUCUUGAUACCUUUGAUUCAUCUGAAUCAAAUACAUCUGCAUUUC